AUGUUUGUUUUUAAGAGAGGUAUUCACAUAGUACCCAAGCUACCCAAUUCUAAGGCUCUGCUACAAAAUGGUGUCCCCAAAAUACUCAGUUCGCCGGGUUUCAAGAUGGUAUGGUACGACUACCAGCAGUAUUUAUGUGAUAAACUAACGCUGGCGACAGCGGGGCAGUCGCUCGAGUCCUAUUAUCCAUUCCAUAUAUUAUUGAAGACUGCAGGAAAUCCAUUACAAGCUAAUGUUUUCAAUCUAGCUUCGUCUAUUCACAAUAAUCAUUUAUUCGUGGAAAAUAUUCUACCUUCGGUCGUUGAAACUGACACUGGUUCAAAUACAGUGACGAAAACUGAACCGUCAAGGCUGUUCAGGUCAAGAAUCAAAGACUCAUUCAAUGGCAGCGACUGGGAGGUAGUGAAAGAGGAAAUGGUCUAUCGUUCUGAGAGUGAAGUACUGGGACAGGGCUGGCUAUUUUUAGUUGAAAACAGUGAAAAAAAACUCUUCAUACUAACCUGCCAAAAUAAUGGUACGCCGUAUUAUUUUCCAAGAAACCAAUCAUUUGAUUUAAACAGUGCAAUUUCCAUCGAUGAAUUUGGUACACUGAAGCAAAUGAGAGAACUUGUUGGAAGCUCCACGAAACUGAAUGGCAAGGUUCAGGACUGGACCAUGCCUUUGAUCUGCGUCAAUUUAUGGGAUCACGCAUAUUUACAUGAUUAUGGCGUGGGAAACCGAUCCGAAUAUGUAAAGAAUGUGCUUGAAAACUUAAACUGGUCAGUGGUGAAUAAUAGACUAUUCUCUGAUAUAUCAAAAUAA